AUGGACUCCGAGUCACCUCAAGCUUGGCUCCGAGACCAACAGCAACAGAUGGACCGCUCCUCACGAUCGCCUCUCGGGUCCUCCGCUCCAUUUUCGCUGCCAGCUCCAACUCACACCGGCCCGGUGCCCGAAGACGGCGAAUCCCGUGAUGGUAAAGCCGACGACGCCCCAACCGCAGUUCCAACAGCUACGAAGAGACUAUCCGGUUUCGGCACAAUUUUUUCGGUUGCUGCACUCGCACCAGGCCUGCCACCUUCGACCCCGGACCAGCAGCCGCCGAAAUCGGUGUCGCCUCCACUUGCCUCCACUUCCGCCGCCGCCGAGGGUCCCAGUUCGGUCACAGCCGCACCAGGUCGAAGCGCCGUCUCGACGCACCAGAGCCUGUCAAGCCCUUGCUUCGUUCAUUCACAUCUCGAUCAUUCCCUAGGUAGCGCUUCAGCGUCUCUGAGUCCCCCGCCUUCAGCUCGGGUCCAACUCAAGCAUCGAACGACCGAGUUGGCGCAGCAAGUUCGGGAUCGGAUCGAGGUCGACCAAGAGGUCGUCCUUGUCGAUGGGGAUGGGGAGGGUGGGGAGGGUGAGGAGGAAGGAGAGGAUGGGGAAGGGGAGGAAGGGAGGAGUUUGACGAGGCAAUUGGCCGAGACCGCUGUUUCGGUUAGGCAGAUGAGCAAGCAGUUGGGUAGGUCGACUCUCUCGCCGGGCCUUUGGUUCGGGGAGUCGGUGUUUGCUCAUGCUUCGGACUUGUCUUUGACCCAGGGCGUGCUCGCGUGGUCUCGCAUAUUCAAUCGGUGCUCAUCAUCACCAAGGUAUGAACCUUGGUUGAUCUCGCGUGGCUUGAACCUCUCGCUAAUCAGAAGGAUCGUCCACUAGGCGCGAGACAACCACUUGAUCCGUCUGACACGGGAACUUGCCCUCUUCUUGAUGGAGACCUCACGCAAUGGUCGGGAUCGUGGACUCAUAGUGUGCGUCUCGAUACCUCGUCAGACUUGCUUGCCCAUGUUCAGAAUGUUGCUAAUUGUAGUAUGUUUUCCCACAGUUACGUCGAUAGCCAACUACGCAAGUCGAAACGCUUCGAUGCCGAAGGGAUGGAGAGGUCCAACCCCAACUUGUUCCGCCCUUUACAGCGGCGAUACUCCCGCACGUCAUCGUCCGCUUCACUAGCUACAACCGGUCCGAAUGGCUCGGGCUCGAAUGAAACGCCCCUCAAGCGCAUGACACCUUUGAGUCAGCUCAACGAUGCGAUGAGACGAUCGGGCGAAUCCGGAUCCAGUUAUCGGCGCGAACCCAGCUGGAAUAACUCGACAGCGUCGUUGAAUUACCAGACGGAUGAGGGGCAGUUGAGGUAUUGGACGAAUGAAAUGUGUUCCAAGAGCCCGCAUUUGUUUGAUUUCGUCAUCACGGUGAGUGAUGUUGUCGGGGAAGGUCCGAUCAAGGAAACUGAUCGCUUCUCUGACCGCUCCUGCAGCUCGGAGGAGACGGGACCGUUCUUUAUGCGUCGUGGCUCUUCCAACACGUCGUCCCACCCAUCAUCCCCUUUGCAUUGGGUUCCCUCGGCUUCCUCACUAAUUUCGAUUUCUCCAACUAUGCGUACACACUCAACCACGCCAUCGAUCACGGCAUUCGUGUGAACCUGCGCAUGCGUUUCACCUGCACCGUUUACCGCGCGAUCGAGGACGAAACGUGCAAACAACGUCGCGCGGUACGAAGUGGGAGAACGGGAGGGAUCUACAUGAGCAAUUUGAGUAAAGAUGGGUGGGAGGCGAUUGAGAGUGGGGGUGUCGAUCAGGCGAGGGAGAGGAUCAAUAGGGCUGAUAAAGGGGGCAAGAAGACGAGAGAUAAGGAGAUCAAAUGCUUUGUUACCAGACCGGCGGAGUCGUUCGAGGUUUUGGUGAGUUGGGUUGAGCGGACGUGAUGAGAGAUAAAGGCUGAUCGAAGUGACGUAUGUUGUGCAGAAUGAUCUGGUCGUUGAUCGAGGACCCUCGCCUUACGUCUCUUUGCUUGAACUCUUCGGAGACGAGCACCACAUGACGACUGUCCAGGCCGAUGGGCUAACGGUCUCAACACCGACAGGCUCAACGGCAUACUCUGUAUGUUUCAUCGAAGCUCCCGUCGACUUUGAUUGGAGCUCACCCCCCUUACUCUGUCGCAUCAGCUCUCCGCCGGAGGUUCGCUCGUCCAUCCCGAGAUCCCCGCGCUCCUCAUCACACCCAUCUGUCCCCACACCCUCUCCUUCCGUCCCAUGCUCCUCCCCGACAGCAUGGAGUUGCGCAUCUGCGUACCCUACAACUCGCGCAGUACAGCCUGGGCUUCGUUCGACGGUCGAGGACGCGUCGAGUUGCGUCAAGGCGAUCAUAUCAAGGUCACGGCGUCGCAGUACCCCUUCCCCACCGUCUGCGCGGAGAAUCAGUCGACGGAUUGGUUCCAGGCGAUUUCGAGGACGCUCAAGUGGAAUGAGAGGGAGAGGCAGAAGAGCUUCGUCGUUGUAGUGAGUUGGGCUGGUGUUCUCACUCUCACUUGAUGCUUCUUUUGGACGUUAACAUCGCUUGUGUUCGGGCCCUGACGUACUUGCAGGAAGAGAGUCGGAAGAAGGCAUCCGCCGACGCUAGCGAGAAAGCCGCUUCGACCGCACGGGCUGCUCGUAACGCCGUGACAGAGAAAGCCCGCGCCAACUUUGGUGACGAAGAGGAUGAAGUCGACGAAGAGGAAGAGGAUGAUGACGAAGAGGACGAAGAGGAAGACGAAGUCGAUGCGAUGGAGGAGGAGUUUGAUAUUGAUGACAGAUCUUCCGAGAAUCAGACAACGAGCUCGUCCCCCAACGUCAUGGCGACCGAUCCGACAUCGACGAUUCCGGCACUCAGUAGCUCACAACGGCCAAGACCUGCUUCACGAGAGAGGGAACAUUCCACUGCUUCGUCCGUCGCGGAGCUAAGGGACGACUAUACCGAACGCUUCAAGGAUCCUGCCCCUCGACCCCCAAAGCUAUCAGCAAGACAUUCCUUUAACCAAGUCCCGAGCGCCAAAGGUCCCUCGGGUAGCGCUUCUCCAACAGGUGCUCAAGGCCUGACGAUGGCGACAACGCGUUGUCGUGAGCGAGGUGAAGAAGGCGAUCGCGAUCAUUUGAGGGAAAGCCUGAGUGUCAAACGGAAUAUUGGCGGUCAAGCAGCGCGAAGGUUCGGUGCGAGUUCGAGUCUGCUCAGCCCGACGAGUCAAUGUGCCGAAAAGACUUCGUCGAAGGGUGGGGACGAGGACGAGGACUCGUCCAGGAUGGAACGCGCUUUCGCUGUCGUUGGUGUUGAUAGCGAUACCUCUGCUGUGAGUCGGGAGCAUUUUGACUGCGCAUCCUUUAGGUGCAGUGCUGACUCGCGGUUCCUCUUUCGUUUUUACGCAGAGCGAAUCUGAACUUUGAACUGACACCUCUAUAUUAUGUAGUACGAUUGCUAA